GUCUUCGCAGGAAGAGCGCGUUGGAAUCACUUUUAAGCAUCGCCCCACGUGAAUUUCGCCUACGCUUCGCUAAACGCACGUGCGUUUUCGGGAAACGUUUCUGGUCGACGCGGUUUUUGGCGCGUGAAGCGCGUACUUACAAGGUUUUGAACAGCUUAGUACUUGAACUGUGGCGUAAAUACCCGGUGAUUCAUCGUUGGAACGACGUGUGAAAGUGUGUGUGAUGGAGCCGUGGUGAACCGGAAAGGCACCUCUUCGCGAAAGUCCCUCCAUAUCAGGUGAUGCAUCUCCCGGUAUCAGUGACGACGUGCAACGUAUCCGAAGCCGCUUGGCCGAAGACGUCUUCAGCCAUGUGCGACCCCUCGAUGGGCUACCACCACCCGCAUCAUCCGCAACAGCACGGCGACCCCGACUUCUACUGGGUGGACCAUCGCGUGCACGAGCUGCUUGCUGAGCAUCCGGGGGAGUUAGUAAAAACUGGAAGUCCGUACAUUUUGUGCACGCAGCUGCCGAACCAUUGGCGGUCGAACAAGACGCUACCGGCGGCUUUCAAGGUGGUGGCUGUGGGAGAUAUAGGUGAUGGUACCGUAGUUACCAUAAGAGCGGGCAACGACGAGAAUUUCUGCGCCGAAUUGAGGAAUUGUACGGCCGUGAUGAAGAACCAAGUAGCCAAAUUCAACGAUCUCAGGUUCGUCGGCAGAAGCGGAAGAGGAAAAUCGUUUUCGGUUACGAUAACCGUUUCGACCAAUCCUCCUCAAGUAGCGACGUACAAUAAAGCUAUCAAAGUGACUGUAGAUGGUCCCAGAGAGCCAAGAUCUAAUAAAGCUGGUGGUCAGCAUACGUCAUAUAGGGCGAUAGGGUUAGGACAGCGGCCAUUUUUAGAAUCUUCGCCGUUUAGUCACAUAAGGGAUCUAGAGGUGUUCAAAAAGCAAGGGGUCCGUUCCUCUCACAGUUCCGAUGGAUCGCUCAAUUCCUACAAACAGGAGGCACAAGAUGGUAAUCCUAAUGGAUCUACACACUGCCCUUCGAGUUCCUGGCCAGAAUAUACGAAUUCGUACCCUUCAUAUAGUCCUGCCCAAGCCAAUUAUUAUGAUCCACAUCAAGAUGCGACGCACAUGACGCCUAUUCACCUUCCUACAGUUCUUCCCGAUGCCAGCUCGAACGAGUACAUCACCACCUCCCUGACCUCCCCCCCACCCCCUCCACACACCUACCCCCCUGGCGCCAAACCCUCCGACCUGGACCUGCUCGCCUCGCGCUACCCCCCAGACCAAGCGUACCCCCCAAACGGCUGGGGCGGUGCCUACCCCCCCACCAACAACAACUACUACCACCCCUCGUACGGACAGUCCCACCAGCAGUACCAGUCGACCGCCCCCCAUCCGGUGGUGGUUUACCCCUCGUUGUAUUCCACGGUGAAUCAGAGCCAGAUUCAUUUCCAUUUGCACGCCUCGGACGCGCUGCCUUCGCCCCAGCAGAGGGUGGAUGUGGUGCAGAGUGCCAGCGAGCAGAUCUUGAGGGUGGAGGAGCAUCCCUUGAGGAUAGAAGAGGUGGAGGAAAGGGUGGGGCAGUCACAGAAUGAUCCUUCGGUGUGGCGACCUUACUGACGCUUUUCUUCUUU